AUGGGUACAUUUGAUGUUCAACCUGAUAAUCAUAUGAUUACUACGAGUGAAAAUACAACCAGUAGUGAUGGACAACAUGAAGAAAUUAGUUCAUUACGUGAUCAUUUUAAAGAUAAUAUUCGUAUUCUAUCAUCGAUUGGACAAUUUUCUUAUAUUUUAAAAAUUCGACCUGAUCAAUAUGAUGUUUCAUUAACAUUACAACUGGACCAAUUUUAUCCAUCAAAAGCACCUGAAAUAAUAAUAACUGCACCACGACUUACUCCUGAUCAAAUAAUACUUAUUCAACAAGUUCUUCAAUCUUAUUGUGAAACAUUACUUAAUAAACCAAUGAUUUUAUUAAUUUAUUCUCGUCUUCUUCAAUGGUUUGUUGAAAAUAAUAUUCAAACAUUAACAGUUAAUUCAACUAAUAACAAUAAUCAUGCAAAUUCAUUUGUGCCUUCUACUCAACGCUCACGUAAAAAUAGUAAAACGAAUAUUCCAUUGAUACCAGUGCAUAAUCAGAAUCGAAAUAAUCAUGUUGAUGAACAUGAUAAUGAAUACGUAAAAAGAAAUUCUAUGAAAACAGCUGAAGAUGUUAUAUCACGUAUUGAAUGGGAUGAUCGUCUUGAUAAACGAUUUUUUCGUGUUGGAUAUACUGAUCGUUUUCUUGGUUUACAAGAAAAAUCAUUUAAUGAUUUCGAUUUUAAAGUUGAUUUAUCGACAGUGAGUGAUCGACAUUCAAAUGUACUUGCAAUACCCAAACAUCGAAUACAAUAUUUUAAAUAUCAUAAUGAAAUUGUUUGGGAUAAAGAAACACGAACUGAUUUAAUGUUUGGUUCAACUGGAAAUCAACAAACAAUAUAUGAUGUUAUUAAAAGACAUGAAAAUAACACGGAAAAUAAUUAUUCAUCAUCAAUAUCUAAUGAUAAUGAUACUAUCGAAGAUGUUGAUGUUAAUAUUCCUCCACCACGUUAUUUAACAAUAACUGAUGGUGCAUAUAAACCAAAUUAUUUUCUUUCGAUACCUAUUACAGAUCAAACAUUUAUUACUAAUUAUAUUGCAUAUCAAGAACGUUUACUUUCAUCUUACCCAUCACUUUUGUCUUCCCAUACAACUUCAUCGAAUCUUCAUUUAACAUUAUUAACAUUACAUAUUGAUACAUCAUCACAAAUUGAACAAUGUAUAACACUGUUAAAAUGUCUUCAGAAUGAAAUUCAUCAUCAUUGUUCAUAUCCAGAAGAUAUUUGUUUAGAAUUUAAUGGUAUAGAUACAUUUUAUGAUAAAAUCUUAUAUAUAAAAUGUCAAAAAAAUCAACGAUUAGAAAAUUUACGUUCAUUAAUUGUUCAACGUUUUAGUGAAGAACAACAAAAACAAAAUAUAAAUAAUGUUUUUUUUGCUGGAAAUUAUUAUGAAUUUAUUCCACAUAUAACAUUACUUAAAUGUAAACGAAAAUUUUCGUCUAUAUAUCAAAAUGAAACUAAAGAAAUUAAUUUUGGUAAACAAACAAUUCAUUCUUUACAAUUAUGUUCAAUUGGUAAACAAGAACAUGAAGAACAAAAAAAUAAUUGUGUAUUUCAACUUAAUUUGAGUUAG